AGUAAAGAUGGCGACGUCUGGAGCAGGAGAGGGGUGCUCCAGCCUUAACGGGAUUGUUUCCGAGACAGAACACAAAAUAAUGACAGACCUACCGGCCGAAUUACUCGAGUACAUCUUAUGCUGCCCUGUCCUCAAGCAUGUCGACAUUUGCAACGUUUCCUGCAGCUGCAAGCGGUUACAGGACGUUUGCCACGGCAUGGGGAAGGUCUGGGGACACCAGUACAAACUCAGAUGGCCAAGAUUGCAGAAGCAUUACCGCCAGAAUGAGUGUUGUGAUUGGCUGAAAGAAUACAGAACGCGACACACUGUUGGUCUACAAAUACGACAAACAGUUGUAUCCAUCUCCAAGAGAUUCUUCACGGAAGUUCCUUGCGUUGGCCAGGUGCUGGGGGACAGCUUUGCUGAGAUUGAGUCCCUCGGGGCCCCUGAGCACUUCUGUGAAGACGAGCUGCUCUCCAUACUGAACUCAGAUAGGAGGAAAAGCCUAACACUGAAGUACUAUGCAAAGAAAAUCCUUUAUUUCCUGCGCCAGCAGAACAUUCUGAGGAGUUUAAAGAUGUUUCUGGAGCAGCCUGCAGAGCAGCAGUCAGCACUAGAGGGAGCUGUGCUGGUGGACCAGUAUUGUAACCCCCUGGCAGAUGUGUCGUUGGACGGUAUAUCCUCCCAGCUGGAGGAGAUCACUGACAAGGUCAAGAAGAUGUUGCGGAUGAAGAAUUCCUCUCAUCCAAGCCUGAGGGUCACACAAGGUGACUGCUUUGCUGUGGAGGACUUUGAGCUCCAGAGGCAGGUGGUGGUUGCCCUCAAUGCUGUUUUAUACGAGCAGCUUCAGUACAAGGGCAACGAGUGUGAUUACUACAAUCCUCUCAACUCUUACAUACACCAGGUGUUGCUCCGCCGGACAGGCAUUCCCAUCAGCCUGUCUGUCCUGUACAUGACCCUGGCCAGGAAACUGGGGGUUCAGCUGGAGCCCGUCAACUUCCCCAAUCACUUCCUGCUUCGCUGGUGCCAGCAUCAAAGCGGGAGUGGGGACAUCUAUGACUUUGUGUACAUUGACGCUUUCGGUAAAGGCAAGCAGCUGACGGCUAAGGAGUGUGAGUACCUCAUCGGUCACCAGGUGACUGCAGACUACUACAGUGCCAUCAGUACCACAGAAGUGCUGCUAAGGAUGGUGGGGAAUCUGCUCAACAUCGGCAAGCGAGGGAUCUCAUCCUUGAGGGAGGGCAAUGAGAAAUCCUACCAGCUGCUGAGAGACUCUCUGGAUCUCUACCUCACUAUCAACCCAGACAACGUCCAAUACCUUCUACUACAGGCCAGACUCUACUUCCACCUGGGCAUCUGGCCUGAGAAGGUCCUAGACAUCCUGCAGCACAUCCAGGCAUUGGACCCGUCCCAGCACGGGGCGGUAGGUUACCUGGUGCAGCACACGCUGGAGCACAUCCAGCACAAGAAGCACCCGGUGGAGCCAGAGGUGAAGAGACGCAGCGCCCCCGAGCACGUAGAAGUGCAGUACAGCGUAGGCCUGAUCAUGAAACACAAGAGGUCUGGCUAUAACUGUGUGAUCUAUGGUUGGGACCCCAAGUGCACCAUGAGCCAGGAGUGGAUCACCACGAUGGGGGUCCAUCAGCUGUCCAGCGGGGCCAACCAGCCCUUCUACAACGUCUUAGUGCAGGACGGCACCUGUCGUUACGCUGCCCAGGAAAACCUGGAGCCUCAUUCUGCUCCUCUGGAGAUCGCCCACCCAGAGGUGGGCCGCUACUUCUCCGAGUUCCAUGAAAGCCACUACGUUGCCAACGAGGAGUUGGAGACACGCUACCCAGAGGACAUGGCAGAAACCCUGGGCACCGUACGGGACCUCUACCACAGACUGACGUCCUCCUCAGGGCAGGCCUCAGGGCAACAGGAGAACCCUAACGGCCGUGGGGGCUCCUCCCAGGACCAGAAGAGCCAGGAGAACCAGGACACCAUGCCCAUGUAGCUUAGCGUCCACUACUUCUCGGCCCCGUCCAAAACAACCCCUAGCCCGUACCACCUAGGCACUUGUGUAGAUCUGAAAGGAUUGGAUGGGUAUAAACAAUAUGGCAGAAUUACAACUAGCCUGUCAUAGGGCAGAGUGGAGCUACUACUAGACCCUACAGUAGGGAUAGAUUCAGCCGCGGGACGAUUUUUUUCUUGAGUGGAUGGUCGGGGAGCCGGAACAUAAUUACAAAUAAUUUGUA